AUGAGACCAUUAACAGAAGAAGAAACAAAGGUUGUAUUUGAGAAACUAGCCAACUACAUCGGUCGUAACAUAGCAGCUCUUAUAGACAACCCAGAAAACCCACAUGUAUUUCGAUUACAAAAAGAUCGAGUAUAUUACGUACUGGAACAAGUUGCCAAUUUCGCCACUAGUGUUUCUCGUCAAAAUCUAAUGUCAUUAGGUACUUGUUUUGGUAAAUUCACCAAGACGGGGAAAUUUAAAUUACAUAUUACUGCUUUACCUUAUUUAUCGCAAUAUGCCAAAUAUAAAGUCUGGAUUAAACAAAAUGGUGAAAUGCCAUUCUUGUAUGGGAACCAUGUGUUGAAAGCUCAUAUUGGUCGUAUGAGUGAGGAUAUACCGGAACAUGCUGGGGUCAUUGUGUAUAGUAUGAGUGAUAUUGCGUUGGGAUUCGGUGUUAGUGCCAAACUGACGCAUGAGGCGAGGAAUGUGGCUCCAACUGGUAUCAUUGCCUUUAGACAAGGUGACAUUGGGGAGUAUUUGAGAGAGGAAGAUACAUUGUUUACAUAG